AUGACUUCCCGUAGCACGUCCUUCUCCCACAGCCCUCACCGGCUCCCGCGCCCGUCCAUCAGCUCGAGGCUUUCGUUCGCUGUCUCGACCGUCGAGCAGGAUGAACAUGACGAUGAGGCCGCCGAGGCCGCGCCCGCCCACCGUCAACAACAGCAGAUCGAAGACGAGAUCGCCGAGAUCAAGCGUUACGAGGACUUUACCACCAUAGACUGGGUCCAGGAUGCCGCUCAGGAACAGGCCCGUAGGAAGCUGCGCCGGAGGCGGCGCGCGGGCAUGCUCGAUAACGGCCAGGCGGGCUGGAGAUACCGUCUGCGCGAGUCCUACGAUGCCGCGCAGGGCUGGCUCGUCGUGACGCUGAUCGGAGUCGCCAUCGGGCUGAACGCGGCGUUUCUAAACAUCAUAACGGAAUGGCUGUCUGAUAUCAAGACGGGAUACUGUACGACGGCGUUCUACCUCAACGAGAACUUUUGCUGCUGGGGCGAGGACAACGGCUGCGACGAGUGGCAUCACUGGACGGGAUUCGCCCCGGCCAACUACAUCCUCUACAUCCUCUUUGGCACCGUCUUCGCCUUCACCUCGGCUACUCUCGUCAAGUCGUUUGCGCCGUACGCCGCGGGAUCCGGCAUCUCCGAGAUUAAAUGCAUCAUUGCCGGGUUCGUCAUGAAAGGCUUCCUAGGCUUCUGGACGCUGUUGAUCAAGUCCGUCUGCCUGCCCCUGGCCAUUGCCUCAGGUCUGUCCGUCGGAAAGGAGGGUCCCAGUGUACAUUACGCCGUGUGCACCGGAAACGUUAUCUCGCGGCUAUUUGAAAGGUACCGCCGCAACGCCUCGAAAACGAGGGAGAUCCUAAGCGCUUGUGCGGCGGCCGGUGUUGCCGUUGCCUUUGGUAGCCCCAUUGGCGGCGUACUGUUUUCUCUGGAAGAAAUGUCGAAUUACUUCCCCCUCAAGACGUUGUGGCGCAGCUACUUCUGCGCUCUCGUAGCCACAGCUGUGCUUGCAGCCAUGAAUCCCUUUAGGACGGGACAACUCGUCAUGUUUCAGGUUCGCUACGACCGGUCGUGGCACUUUUUUGAGGUGGUGUUUUACAUUAUUCUAGGCAUCUUCGGCGGUCUCUACGGUGCCUUCGUCAUGAAGUGGAACCUGCGGGUACAGGCUUUCAGGAAAAAGUACCUUUCAAAGUACGCCAUCGCGGAGGCCACUAUACUCGCCGCCGGAACGGCCAUCAUUUGCUACCCCAACGUCUUCUUGAGGAUCGACAUGACAGAGAGCAUGGAGAUACUGUUUCUUGAGUGCGAGGGAGCUGAGGACUACCAUGGCCUAUGCGAGUCCGACAAGAGGCUUUCGAACAUUCUGUCGCUGGCUCUGGCCACAGUUUUGAGGGUCCUGCUCGUCAUCAUCUCGUAUGGUUGCAAGGUGCCGGCUGGCAUUUUCGUUCCAUCCAUGGCGAUUGGCGCGUCGUUCGGCCGCACAGUAGGCAUCAUUGUCCAAGCAAUUCACGAAGCCAACCCCACGAGUGCAUUCUUCGCGGCUUGCAAGCCGGAUGAGCCUUGCAUCACACCCGGCACAUACGCUUUUCUUGGUGCAGCCGCAGCGCUGAGUGGCAUCAUGCACAUCACCGUGUCUGUGGUUGUUAUCAUGUUUGAGCUCACUGGCGCUCUGACGUACAUCCUCCCCACCAUGAUCGUUGUCGGAGUGACCAAGAUCGUCAGUGAGCUCUUUGGCAAGGGCGGCAUCGCUGACAGGAUGAUCUGGUUCAGUGGGUUCCCUUUCUUAGACAACAAGGAGGAACAUAACUUUGGCGUUCCCGUCUCGGAGGUGAUGCGGACGGAGAUUACAUCGUUGCCGGUGAGCGGUAUGCCGUUUUCCGAGCUCGAGAAGCUCCUCAAGGUGGAUACGUACCAAGGCUUCCCUAUCGUCGAGGAUGCAGCGUCCAAGAUACUCAUCGGCUACAUCGGUCGCACGGAGCUGCGCUACGCUAUUGAUCGGGUGAGGCGUGAGCGACCCAUCGACCCACAGGCCCGGUGUACCUUUUCACCCCCGCCGGCAGCCCUUAACUCAGCUGCCCCGCUCACACCCACCGUGACGGUGAACUUCGACUCGACGUCGUCUACAACUGUCGACUUCAGCCGGUACAUUGAUACCACUCCCGUUACAGCGCACCCUCGGCUACCUCUCGAAACGGUCAUGGAGCUCUUCCGCAAGAUUGGCCCGAGAGUCGUAUUGAUUGAGUACCACGGCCGCCUGUCGGGUCUCGUGACCGUCAAGGACUGCCUAAAGUACCAGUUUACAGCCGAGCACGCCGAAAACCUGCGCGACGACUCCGCUCUCGCUGAGAGCCAGGAGAAGUUGUGGAGCGCAAUGCGGCAUGCUGCGAAUUGGGUGUCUGAGAAAGUGUCAAUGGCGUCUGGCGGGCGGGUGCGGCUAUCGUCGUUUGAUGAGCGAGGGGGUAUGGGUGGAAGCUAUGGCGGUGGCCGGUCCGCUGGUGCGCACAUAUUGGACGGCGAUGAAGAUGCUAUCGAUGAUGGGGCGGUAGAGCUGGAUAAUCGGUGA